AUGGCCGAACCACCGCAAUACGAGCAGGCCGCCACCAUCAUGAACACCACCGAGCAGACACCCACCGGCGGCACUUUACCUGCGAAUGACAGUGUGGUGGAGAUUUCCGAUGACAGCACCAAUAAGUCGGUUGCCGGCACCUCACGAGCGCCUAGCAGUUCGAUUGAGAUUGUCGAAGACGGCUCGAACAAGCGCAAAGCAGCAGAUCACGAACAGACUACGCCAGCGAAGAAGCAGAAGCCAUCACCACGAGAAGUCCCCGAGAAGAAAGCGGGUGGGGAUGCACAGCGAAAGGGCGAUGGUGAAUCCGGUAGCAUGACUACAGCGGAGAAGAACACGAAGGAUUUGCAACAAGAGGCGGUGGACGUAUCUCAGGCUGGUAGCCAGAAGCUGACUCCUCAGUAUGCUUCCAUCGAGGACUGCAGGAAGAGGGCAAACAUAGUCCUCAACGAGAAGAGAUAUGAAAUCAGGGGGUUGAAGAUCAGAAUCGAGAACAUUGAGGAGGUUCGGGACAAGUGGCAGGCGAAGGCCGCAAGAUCAGAGCUCAAGGCCAAGGAGGCAGAGGAUAACCAGGAAGCCUACGGCAAGAAGAUGUUCAAGAAGGCGCAGGACUGGAAGAAGCAGGAACUGCAGAACCAGGUCGAAGACCUCAAGCAGAAGCAUGAGAAAGAUCUGGAAAAGGCCAAGACCAGUUGGCAGAAGAAGCUUGACAAGGAGCAAGACAGAGUCGAAGGUCUCAGGGCGGAGAAAGAGAAGCUCAAGGAUAUAAAGAAGGAACUCGAAGACCAGAUCAAGACCGCCAAGCCAGGAGACAGCAAGCUGCUCAAGGAGAAAGCCAAAGAGCUCGAGACCAGCCAGAACAAGCUCACAGCGCAGAAGACCAACAACGAAGUGUUGCAGGGAAUCCUUGAGCAGCGAAACGAUGAUUUCGACCGCAUGACAGCAGACCGCGACGACUGCAAGCGCAAAUCUCGAUACUUCCAUACCGAGUGGACACAGCAGGUGAAGCUCAACGACAAGCUGAAGAUGGCGCAUGCCCAACUCAUCAACGAGCUGAAAGCAGAGCACGCCGAUGACCUCCAGCAGCAGUACCAGAUGUGGAACGUCCAGGCCAAGAACUCGCACCAGAACCAGCUCCGACUUGUUGGCAGACAGCGUGGUCUCUUCGAUCUCAACAAUGCCCACGACCGCGUUAUCGAGGAGAAGGAUCAGUACAAGAAGGAGCUCAAAGCCGCCAGAGCAGAGAUCGAGCGACUCAAGACUUCUGCUGCGCCUCAGCCGCCAAGACCUGUUCCAGCUGCGCGAACACCAACCAACGACGUGCGAGUUCAGAUAUCUCGUCUCCAAGAGCCGCAGACUCAAGCUUCCACAUCGAAAGUCGACAAUAGCGCUGAGUCAAGCCGUGCUCUCGCGACUCCACAAGAAGAAACCACAUCUCAGCACAAGGCGGCAGAGAAUCCUGCCAAGCCCAACGUUGACGCCACAGUCGACAGUGAUCGACGACAGGUGACACAGAUCGUCAACGAGAGCAUGGCUGCUGCCCAACAACCACGAGGCGAGCCUCAUUCUGCAGCACUCGCACCAUUCCCUGCAGUUGCAGGAGCCGAAGACAUCGCGAUGGAUGGAGUGACUCGUGAGGCGGGUGGCUCAGCUGCGGGAGUUCUGUCUCGGGAUAUGCACGCUGCACGCGAGGACAACGGUGACCAUGGGGAGGGUGAGGCGUUCGCUGGGACUGCUGAUGGUCAGCUGCAGGAUAUGCAGGGUGUAGGUGGUAAUGGAGGUGAUUUCGAGGAAGACGAGUCGUUUGGCGAGGCCACGGAUGGUCAGUUGCAGAUUGUGCAGGCUGCGCAGGAGAACCCAGGACGUGCUGAGGAGGAUGAGGCUUUCGUUGAGGCAACCCAAGAUCAGAUGCAGGACGUGCAGACUGCACACGACGAUCCAGUCCGUACCGAGGAGGGCGGAGGCUCUGUUGCUGCCGAGCAGGCUGAGCGUGAGAGCCCAGGAGCUGGAGGUCGUCGUGGCCUCUUCAGCUUCAACAACUUCUGGAGAAGCGAUGGUGGAAGCUCAGCAUGA